AUGGAAGAGCAGCUGGACAAGAAAAGCCCUGUAAAGUAAGCUAUCUUUUGGUGACAUAUCGGAGAAGAAUUUUCGCCGUGAACAGUGCUCGCAUUCACAGAUUUGAGAAACUGCAUUUAGCACAAGUCCAAGGUUAGGUUUCAAGUCGAAAAACUAUAUCUUUUAUGUAAACUUAUCGGUGAACGCUUUACUCAGUUCAUGAGAGGUCAAUUGCAUUUAAAAACUGAAGGCUGAUUUCAAAUCUUACACUGUAAAAUCAAACCUUCAUAAGUAUCGUGUGGUUCGAAUUGAGCUCCGUUUCACUCCAAAAGCACUUGACUUUCUUCAAGUGUUUUGAGCUGUUGUGUUCAUUUUAACAGGAUUCGCAAAGUAUUACGACCAGGAAUGGAUGAAAAUUAUUGGGAUUGCAGCGUUUGCACGUACAGAAAUGGGGCCGAAGCUUUUAAAUGCGCCAUGUGUGAUGUUAGAAAAGGAACUUCUACCAGGUACGGCAGAAAGCGUGGCACUUUAUUUGUUUGCAUUUGCGCUUUGUAUAUUUUAAGACGUCUUGAAAAAAUACAAAAAGAAUGUUUUUCAGAGUCUUGCAUUUCAGUUCAUUGUAACUCUAGUGUAAAAUUAUCACCAUGGACUAUGAUUUUAUAUCUGAAACUUUUAUAGAUGUUAAUUGGCAAUGUAGCAAUUUGAGCUGGAUUCCUAAGACAAUUUCUUUAGCCAUGUGGAUUUACCAACGCGCCGCUCUGCACGACCUAUCAUCAGAUAAAAUUCGAAACACAUGCUUGUAAUUGUUUCCUAAGAUGUUUGUGGUAAAAAUCGAAGGCGGCUGUGGCCAGUUGUUUACUGUCAAAGAUAUUUUCAUUUCCCCAAUCGGUGUUUUUGUGACCACAGCUGAAAUGUACAGUGUACAAUUCUCUCAUUACCACCCCCCUGGGAAUCUAUCAGACUGUCUGGAAUCCCAGACAUAUUUAUAUUUCGUUGAAAAAUUAGAAAAACAUUACUACUUGCAUAGAUAUAAAACAAUCACAUAAAAACAGGAAGGUCUCAAUACUUUUUGUAAGCAAAAAUAACGAAAACUCACUUGUGUUCAGAAAAAUAUUACAUUUCAAUGAGUUGAAAAAUUUGAAAAAUGUUAUCAGGAUUUCCUCUCAUUGUUUCACCCUUCAAGCCCUCACAGUGACAAGCAUCUCUUUUCUCCUAACAAUAUCACUGCUUAAUCAUAAAUAAAUGUUGUAAGAAUAAAAUAAAUAACAAUUUCUCCUCGUUAGUGCGAGUCAUCUCAGACCCCUCUUGCUGCAAGGCAGAUUUAGAGGGGAUCUGUGGGGGUCGUGAAUCAUGCCUUCUUUCUCUGAAACUGUUUUAUUUUGAAAGAAGUUUCAGUAAAAUCCAUCUUCUAGAGCCUUAAUCUUUGGCCACAAAUGCCUAUAGAGUUCUUAGUCAAUAAAUAUGUUGAUGAGGUUUAACCCCCUGGGGGAACUUCUAUGUAAAAGUGACGGAGAUGCUCCUAGUCUUUCUUUGGGGUGUAAAUUGCAGAUUUUGGUCUCACUUAGGGUGUUUGGGAUGGAAAGUCACUAUAUUUGCCCAUUCAGGUAUCGCUUAGUACUGUGCAUAAAGAAAUUUACAAAAAAUGCCUUGACACUGACCACACAGAAAUCUCCCUUAGGGGUCAGUUUAAGCUUGAGCCACACCCACAUUGGUCUCCCUUAGGGGUUUAAUUUGAAUUUUCUGACAAGCAUCCCUGCCACUUUUAUGUGGGAGUCCCCCUCCCUGGGGGUUUAAUACUUUCACUCCCAGGGUGACUGACGAAGUGUUGUAAGGUGGUACUUACUUUUGUGUCUUAAGAUGAAAUCCUAUGGUGUGACUAUUCAGCUGAAGCAACUCAAGCUUUAUUUGUUUACAUUCACAAUAAAUAAAUUACAAAUACAGACUACCUGCAAAAUAGUGGAGCUAUUCGAGGCAGGUAGUAUGGAGACGUGUCUAUUACCCAUACCUCUUUGGCAUUGCUUUGACGUGGCACUUCUAACUUGUUUUACAACAUUUUACAAAAUAAUGUAGGAAAUUUAUUGAAUUUAGACUUUGGCCACUUUCGAGUUUAAAAGUGUUAAUGUCUUCCAAUUUGCAGGAAACCAAAACUUAAUUCUCAGUUAGUGGCUCAGCAAGUCGCACAGCAGUUUGUUACAUCACCACCGCCAUUAAAAAAAGUCAUGACAAAGAAACCAUUUAAAAAGUGCAGGUAAGAACAUCAUAGCCUACGUCACAGACGUUAUCUAACUUUGGUUAGUAACGUCUGCGAAGCAGUGCUGAAAUCUUUGUUCUUGAAAUAUCACAACUUGUUCUUUGAAAUAAGUUGAAUAUUGUUACCCCAGUCUAGACUGAAGGCCUAAAACCAAUGCCACCCAUUUUUUCGUAAGAUCAUUGAAAUUAAGUGCUUUGCGUUAUAACCUUCCCCGCAGACGUUGCCGAACGUGUGACAAACCCCUAGGAACAUCUGUGUGGGAGGGCUGUUUGCAUUACAGGCAGCCAUCUUGGAUGAGUGCCAAAACUAUUUUUUGACACUCAUCCAAGAUGGCUGCCUGCAACGCAAAGUGCUCGAUCUUGACGAUCUUAAGUAAAAAUAGGGGACUGUGAGCAGUCUAAUGCCCCCCCACCACCCCCUGUUUGACAUUGCUGCAUACUCUUACACAUAUCUUUACUUAUGACAGUUUUUGACUUGACCAGAGUCGCUCCACAGGAUGAAACAAUAUUUUUAUUUUUACAUUUUUGACUUGAGAAGGGAAUUAAAUAAAUUAUUGGGAUGAUAAAGAAACCAAGGAUUUGAAAAAUCUGCAAAUGGUGUUCUAUUUUUUUUAAAGAAAUAUACUACCCUUGUGGUGAUGGAAAUCUUUUUUCAUUAAUUUAGUUCUUACCUUUCCUUGCAGGCCAAAACUAAAAAAUGUUGACAGAAGCAGUGCACAGCAUAUGGCCGUCACCGUAGGAAAUAUAACAGUCAUAAUAACAGAUUAUAAACUUUUAAAACCAGAGAAUUCACCAUCAAUGACCCCAGAAAGGAAUUCACCUGCACCCACAUCCGAAGACAAUGCAGAUCCUGGUCCAUCACUCGGCACAGAACAUAGUAAUGGUGUUAGUAAUCAGGAAGGUAGUUCAUGACAUUUAAAAUUGGGUAACAAUAGUUCUAAUUAGGAAUAUUUUCAAAUUUUUUCAUGCUGUUAUAUAAGGAACAAGCAGCCUUUAUCGCAAAAUGUGUCAGCUGGAAUAGGUUUUGCUUUCAAGUCAGUUAUUUAUGUUGAUGAUUUUCUAUAUGCUACAAGUUUUCCUUGAGUCCUUUAUUUUUCUUGGGGAUCUUGCUGACUAAGUGGGCACCAAGAACCACAGGUUGCCCAAGUUCAGUUUUCAAAACCUUGAGAAUAAUAAUAUGUAUUGUGUCGCAAGCUUUAUGUUGGGCAACCUAUCAUUAUAGGUAGACUCAAGAGUGAUGAACAUCAAUUUUCUCCAAACAAUAUCAAGACAUCAUGAAGAAAAAAGGAAGAGAAUAAAAUGAUGACAAAACAGAAAUGCUUCGAUCUUUUACCAAAUUUUCUCAACCAAUUCUUACGGUAGUGUAUGAGAUCAGUGUGGAUAAUUUAGAUGAAGAUAUCAGAAUUUUCCUCUAUCUCCAGGGUGUCAUAUUGUGAAGAGGUUCACCUGCAGUGCAUACGUGUAAUUCAUUGCAUAACAUAAAUAGAUAGAUUAUAGUAAGGGCUGGGAUACAGAGCUUGGGCUACCUGUGCAACAAUGUUAAAAGGAAGGGCUGUGUAUAUUUUAUGGCUGUCUGGGCAUUUUUGUUUGUUCAACAACAACAAAAAAUAUGGUAAAAAGCUUGUUCCAUAGCUGCAAAGCUGCAAAAUAGCAAUUUUUUAAAAUUAGGUUUAAAAAAUCAAUUGUUUUUAGAUUAAUUUUCAGAUAUUAAAUAGGUUUCAAGAUCAUUCACAAUGUGGCAAAAUUAUCAAAACUAGCUUAGACAUCAAGUGAUUUGACAUACAUAGCUGUGUAAUGUUUAGACCAUGAAAGCAUUCAGGUUUGGAGCACAAAUAGUUGCCACUGCAUGCUGCUAGUAUGAUAUUCACUGUUAUCUUCAGCAAACAACGCUCUCAUCUUUGGUGGGAAAAAACUGUGUUUUUCGUGUAAAAUACUUGUACAGCAUAUUCCUUCUUUAUAUCGUCACUGUUAUUUGUAUAAAUAGUGAAUAGAAUUCUAACAAAAAUGCACAUGCAUAAGUGCCAUAUCAUAUUGUUCUUGCUCAUUAGCCAAAAAAGCUUAAUUUUUGGCGUUUUUGCCUCUUGGUAAAGGGUAUCACAUGUUAAAAUUCCCAUUCAAGGAAUGUUGUUGGUGUUUAUGUUUUUGUCCGAUUUCACUGUAAACAGUGGGUGUAACAAUAGGACUUUAUACACUCUUUCAAAUGCUUCUCAUUGCACCUUGUACCACAAAGUGUAAAUUUUCUUCAAUGUCAGUACCUUUGUUGUAAGACUCUGGUGCAAUGUUUGCUUUAAUCAUAACUAUAACAAAAUUGUCAAAUCUGAUUGGCUAUCAACUGCCCUGAUUUCAGCCUUAAUUGGACAGUUUAAUAGGACAGUACGCGUCAUGCCUAAAUAAUUGGACAGUACACGCCAUCGCGCAUGCGCUUAAAUGGCUUUUUUUUUCAGUGCUAGCUAAACAAAAUUUCGAAUUUCUUGUGUUUUGAUUUAAAAUAUAGCCUAUUAUAUCACAAAUUUUCUUAAAGUUAUGAUUAAUUGGUAACAGAACUUCGUGUUGUCCAAUUCGGUCGGUAAUCAUACUCGUGAUUAAACAAAUGGGCCUCCCGCUACGCGGUUGUCCAAUUUUGUUAAUCACUCAUAUGAUUACAGACCGAAUUGGACUCCACUCAGCCCUGUUACCAUUACUAAUUUCCCAAAGUUAACCAUCAAGUUGCCCCAGGUUUCAUACAACUUACAUGAACAUGUUCUUAAUGACAACCGAAUCAUCACCAGCUUAAGCUUGCAGGUUUCACAUUGUAAACUCAGACACAACCAACAUUGUGAAAAUUCUUUUUUGAGUUUCUUGAGGACUGUUGGCCAUGUUGUUUACACGCUAUAAGACAUAUCUUACAUUUUUGAUCUCAGAAGUUCCUAGUCUUAUUCUUACAUUUUUUUACAUAAGCAGUCAUUCUAUCCAUGGAACUAUUGUAAUGUUAAUGUGUUUUGCUGUUUAUUUUUAGUAUAUUCUUCUAUUCUG